AUGGCAUCCACCGUCCCCUCCCAGGAUAGAUAUGCUGCAUCCAAGCGAUCCGUUGCACUCCCUGCCAUUCCUGAGCUAUACAACAAAGACUUUCUUGAUGUGCUUAUACCUGGACUUCCUGAGGAUAUUGUCACAGUCAACGUCCCAACAGCUCGGAAUCCGAUGAUGGAAGCUCUGAAGGUGACUUCGUACCAGACAUAUACCACAAAUGGAGCUAGGGCAUACAGUUCUACCAACUCGGCGACCCUGGAUGCGUUUUCUACCAUUUCUCGGUACACCUUGCACUCGGAUAUGGUGCACUAUCUCGAGGCAUCCUGGAAGGAGGACCCAGUUCUUACUCUUCAUAUCAUCUGGAAUUUGCGCAGCAUCCACGAUGGGAAAGGUGAAAAGGAGGCAUUUUAUCGUGCUUUUGGCUGGCUCUAUGACAAUCAUCCCCGAACUGCAAUCUUCAACCUACGCUUCCUAGUCGAGCCUGUUUGCCGAUCCAAGAAAGGGGUGUUCCCGCAUGGAUACUGGAAGGACCUUCUAAACAUCCUGGCUCUCGCAACUGUUGAUGAGUUCAAAUCUUAUAACUCGCAAUUUCUACAUUCACCACGGGCUUCAUUUACUUACCGUUGCAAGAAGAAAACAGUCAAGGUUGGAACACCAGAAUCGCGCAUCGCUGCUGCCCAAGCGUUUAACGACAAAGUCAAGACUGAAGCUCGUGCUGCUCGUCAAUCAAAGCAAGCAGAGAACCACGAACGUCUCGUCAACAAACUCCUAGAUCCAAAAUACCGUGCGCUCUACAUCGCAGUCUCCCGCCUCUUUGCCGAACAGCUGGUGAAGGACAUUAAAAUUCUCGAUGCGAUCGAUGGCCUUGCUACGGAUGUUUCUCCCAUGAAGCUCCUCAAGCAGAUGAGUUUGGCUGGAAAGUGGGCGCCUACGCCCGAUUGCUCGCAUGACCGGGUUACGAACAUAGCUACGGCGAUUGUAGAGCUCAUAUACUCCUCUCAGGCCUGUGGCCCCUUUCCUGCUGCUCUGAACAGCAACGAUCUCCCUGCACAAGAACGGGCGCAUAUCUUGCGAUCGUUUUACCAGCGCUGGAUUCUGACCAAACUACGAAGCAAGUUAAGCUGCCCGGAACCUUUGAUGUCGUCGAACCGGUGGAAGGAAAUCAAGUACUCUCGCGUUCCGUCAAAGUGCAUGCAAACAAACACCCCGCACUUUUUCAAACAUGACCCAGCGGGUUUCAAGGCAUACCUGACAUCGGUGAAGAUGAACAAAAGGUCUAUUAGUGGUGCGACGCUGAUGCCACAUGAGCUGGCUGGGCAGAUCUUGACCCUCCACAACGGGGCCAAAAAGGUGGGGGAGGAGCUUGCGAGCGUCCAGCUGGGCGUCGUCGAGUCCCAGUGGAAAACCCUCGUGGACCGUCUGCGAGAGUCGGGGGCGCUCGAGAACUCUAUCGCCAUCUGCGACGUAUCUGGAUCAAUGGGAAACCUACAGAGAAUAUCCCAGGGUAAAGGGAAGACUGUAAGGCCCAUUCUCGCUGCAGUCUCUCUCUCACUGGUGCUUGUGCACCUCGCGAAACCGCCUUUCAACGCUGGGUUUAUAACGUUCUCUGAGCAUCCUAAAUUCCACACUGUUGAUACUACCAGACCGCUGGCGCAGCAGCUGCACUCGAUGACGUAUGCGGACUGGGGCAUGAAUACGAAUCUCCAAGCAGUGUUUCUCAAGUUGCUCCUGCCUCUCGCGGUGAAGAAUAACAUCAAGCAGGAGGAUAUGAUCAAGCGGCUGUUCAUCUUCUCGGACAUGCAGUUCGACAGCUGCCAAAGGGGCGUUCCAGACGCAGAUGGAUGGACUACGAAUUAUGAUUGCAUUGAAAAAGCGUAUGCGGAGGCUGGGUAUGCGGUGCCCCAAAUUGUGUAUUGGAACCUUGCAGGGUCGCGGAAGACGGUGGAGGUGCUGGGCGAUAGGAAGGGCGUGGCGAUGAUGAAUGGGUUCUCUCCUGCUAUGUUGAAGGUCUUCAUGGGCGAAGAAGAGGAUCGGAGGACGGAGGAUGCGAUGGAAUGGGAAAAUAUCACAGAGGGGGGUGAGAGUGUAACGGUCGUCGAAAAGGUGGAAGACGAAAAAGCAUUCAACCCGGUAAAUGUGAUGAAAAAGGCUCUCUUGAAGAGAAGCUUUGAAGGUUUAACUGUCCUAGAUUGA